AUGGCAAAGCUCACAGUCCUUGCAGCAAUUUUGCUGGUGGCCCUUUUGGCUAUUGCUUCAGCCACGGCCCACCGAACUACCAUAACCACCACUGUGCUGGAGGAUGAGGAGGACCCAGGACAAGGAGGGCAGUCGCAGAGAUGCCAGCAGAAAAUCCAAGAGCAGCAGCAGCAGCUCUGGCACUGCCAGCAAUACUUGUCUCAGAUGAGCCCUUCUGACUUGCGCAUGUACCCGCUGCCGGGGCAACAAGAGGAGCACCUCCGGCCCUGCUGCCAGACCCUUGAGAACUUCGACGAGCAGUGCGUGUGCGAGGCGGUUAUGUACGUUGUGAGGCAGCAACUGCAGCAAGGUGGAGGCUGGCAAGGGGAGGAGAUGCAGCAGCAGGUUAUACAGAAGGCUAAAAACCUCCCUCGCAAGUGCAACCUGGAACCACAGCAGUGCCAAAUCGGAGCUGUUUUCGUCUACUGCCGUAUCAACCGUAAGUGCAGAGUCUUUGCCACUCAGCAUCACCGUCAACCCCCGGUAUCCAAGGAGUCGGCUUUCUCCCGGAAAAGCUCAGGCGGAUCAUGCGAAGAGCAGCUCAAGAGGCAGCAGCUGGACCGCUUGAUUGAGGGGCUGAGAGGAACUCAGCAAACAUUUCUACCAACAGCAUCACAGACCAGCAGCUGUCUGGAGUUUCUGGCUUUUGGUAAUGAAUGCCGCUGCCGAGCCAUAAAGCAGGUACUAAGGCAAGAGUUGGAGGAAAUGGGGGGCAGUUGGGAGGAUGAUCCGCCGCAGGAGAUAGCUAGGAAGGCAAUUAACGUUCCUGAACAAUGCUCACAUUCAACCCCUCCCAUGCCCCAUAUUCCAAACAAGUCUUUUCAGAAUAAGGACCAAGUGUUAUGA